AGAACAGUUAAGUCAGCUCCUGCACUGAUUUUCUGAGUUUGUUUAUUGUUUAAAUGGGAUGUUUGAUAAUCUCUAGACAUAAGGCUGAUGCCCAAAUUGGUUCAAAUGUUUGGCCUGGUAUUUCUCUUUAUUUUCUUAAUAAGGGUUUCCCUUGCCCUGGGGAUUAAAAUCCUUUUCUCUUUAGCCCAAUCACAUUUGUUAAGGGAGGGCCUCUAUGAAAAGGCUAUUCUUUGAGACCUUGAAGUGGAAAUGAUUAGUUUUGAAAAUUCCUCCCUCAGUGGCAUUUACAGCAUUUUAUAAUUAUUGAAGGCUGUCUCAUAUCUUCCCUCCAGAAUGCUAAAGAAUAAUUUAAGCAACAGUUCAGACUUUAAAAAUGAAGAUGGCUCUGUCUUUUCACAGACUGAACACAACAUUGUUGCAACUUACUUGAUUAUGGCAGGUACGAUAAGUAUUCUCAGCAACAUAAUAGUUCUGAGCAUCUUCAUUACGUACAAGGAACUCCGAACACCCACAAAUGCAAUUAUCAUGAACCUGGCUGUUACUGACAUAGGGGUCAGUAGCAUUGGUUAUCCCAUGUCUGCUGCUUCAGAUCUGCAUGGAAGUUGGAAAUUUGGGUAUGCAGGAUGCCAGAUUUAUGCUGGAUUGAAUAUCUUCUUUGGAAUGGCAAGUAUUGGAUUACUCACAGUUGUGGCCAUGGAUCGAUACCUGACCAUUUGCCAUCCUGAUGCGGGAAGAAGAAUGACCACCCACACUUACAUCAGCAUGAUUCUGGGGGCCUGGAUCAAUGGCCUCUUUUGGGCUUUGAUGCCUAUCAUAGGGUGGGCUAGUUAUGCCCCAGACCCUACUGGGGCCACCUGUACCAUAAAUUGGCGGAAAAAUGAUGUAUCUUUUGUAUCUUUCACGAUGACAGUUAUUGUGAUAAAUUUUAUUGUGCCAUUGACUGUGAUGUUUUACUGCUAUUACCAUGUCACUCGAUCCAUUAAAUGUCAUGCUACCAGUACCUGCACUGAGUACCUCAACAGAGAUUGGGCAGAUCAGGUAGAUGUAACAAAGAUGUCUGUGAUAAUGAUAUUCAUGUUCUUGGUGGCAUGGUCCCCUUAUUCGAUUGUGUGCUUAUGGGCUGCUUUUGGGGACCCAAAGAAGAUUCCCCCCUCCAUGGCUAUCAUUGCUCCACUGUUUGCAAAGUCUUCUACAUUCUACAACCCCUGUAUUUAUGUGGUUGCCAACAAAAAGUUUCGGAGGGCAAUGUUUGCCAUGUUCAAAUGUCAUACUCAUCAAACUAUGACCACGAUGAGCUUUUUACCAAUGGAUGUACCUCAAACCCAUUGACUUCUGGAAGAAUCUGAAAUAAAAGGAAAGCACGUUAUCAAUAUAUUUGUUUACUUUUUUUUGCAAUAUUUUAAUUUUACUUAAAAUAUGAAGCCAGUUAGAUCAAAUGGAGACAUAGAUUAUUAUCCUAAUAGACUGAAUUCCUUAAAUGUAGUUUAUAGUUCUGUUUGUGCAUUGGCUAUUGUAGAGAAUGCUUCUUUAUUUGUUUAUAUGCAAACUUAUUGCUCAUCUCUUUUGAUGAAUCCAGGUACAAAAUUCUCUUUUUCCCUAUCUUGGCAUGUAAUACUCUGUACCGAUGGCCUGGUAUCUUGCCUGGGCCCUCCAUUAGACCAGAAGUAGCUGCUAUGUUAAUGUU